AGUUAUUCUCACUAGUUUAGCCAUUGAGCUUGAAUCGUUCAUUAUCUUUUAAAUCGUUUUUAACAUAAAAAAUAAGGUUGGUUAAUUAGAGCAGAAUGAAUGCCUUAAUAAAUUAACUUAUGUUAUAAAAUAAACUUUUUAAUUUAUUAUUAAAGUAGUCGUAUUGUUAAUUUAUGCAUAUAUAUUAAAAUUUAACAAGUUUUAUAUACUAUAUAUUUGAAAUAGGAGACUUUUUAAGAAAAAUAUUUUUUCUUAGUUAGGCCUAAAUAAUUGAAAAAAUAGGUCGCGCAUAACUCUUUACGAUUAUAAUUAGCCACGUCAUGGUUACGUUCUACGUAUUGGUCUUGGCUGCAACAAUUGCAACUGCAACACUAGGAAAUGAAGUAAUAAACCCAGUAAUUCCAGUUCCGAGGAGAAGACCUGGAGUAAUUCUUUCGGAAAAUACUCUGGCUAAAAAGGUAUUAGUUGAUUUUGAAGUGUUUUUGGAGUUGAAUUGUCCUGAUAGUAAAGUCACAUGGCCUGUAUUGAAGAGAGUUGCUCAAGAUUUUGCCCCGAAGGGGGUUAGAUUAACAGUUAAUCAAUUUGCUCUACCAUACCAUCAAUAUGGCUAUCUAUCAACUCUUGCCUACUAUUUUAUAAACAAUAACAAUGCCUCAUUAACUGUACCGUACGCUGAUGCCAUCUUCGAAAAUAUAAGGGAGUUUGGACUGCGUAGCUGGACUAAAACCCCAAUAGAAAUGACUAAACGUUUGUCAGAAAUUGCUGUUUCAGUUGGCUACGAACAAGGAUUUAACACAACAGACAUAUUGGCUUUCAGCGGUCCAGUAAGAACUACUUGGAAAUAUGCUACAAGACGUCUGUAUACAAUAAAACGCAUAAUAGAUUAUUGAAUAGCUAAUCAUUUGUUAUUCUUUGUUUAGGUGGCGUUUCUGGCACCCCAUGGUAUUUUAUUAAUAACGUUGAUCUCGGCAUAUCUUCGAGUGGAACUCUUUCCUACGAGACUUGGGCAGAUUAUUUGAAUGGCUUAUUAAUGGGGAAAAAAAUUUAGAAUAUAGCCAUUUAUUUUACUAUAAUUCCUUAAAAUGUUCUAUCUCUGUUAAAGUUCAUUUAAUAAAAAGAUUUUAUUAAAAAACUAUGCUAUUUAAACUUUGGUUUUAUUUCAUAAAAUAAAUCUAUGA